UCUUUCACCUCUCUUGAUCUUUCUUUGAUUGGAACUUUAGUUUUUUACCUACCCAUUUCAUUGCUUUUUUUGAAUCCAUUGAAUUUUCUCAUUGUGGGUUUCUCUUGUGGUGUGUUGGAUUGAUAUGUUAUGCUAAGUUUAAGCUUUUGAAAGAUACAAAAGUAUGUUCAGUGGAUAUGGACAAUUGGCUUGUCUGGUUUUCGUUUUGUUGCUGGGUUUUGGAUGCAAAGCUCAAAUGUGCCGAAGUUUGGCAAUUGGGAAAGUCAACAAGAUGUCCCUUACACAGUUUAUUUUGAAAAGGCAAGGAAGCAUAGAAGUGGUGAGAAGUUGAAACCAAGUGACACUCGAGGCAAUCCCAAGAUGCCCUAUGCCUACACACCUCCAGUUCAAGCCCCUCCCUUUCAAAAAGAGGUCAAAACAAAGGCAUCAAAGGACCUGGAACCAACAGGAUCAAAGCAUAAGCAGCAUACAGGGCGUGAAGAUGGUAAGAUGUGGAGAUCUGAUGAUUCUUCAUUGCACCAUGACACUGUUGGCCAGAAGGCAGCAGUGGUCUUGCCUCAUCAACGUCAUGGUGGUGCAAGAUCUGGAAGUAGUAAGCCUGAACUGGAGGAAACCAGGGGGCCAGUUGCAUCUCGGCUAAAGUACGAGCUCCACUUGAGCCGGGAAGAUGGGGAGCUAAGGAGACCAACUGAUUCUCCAUCACGCCAUGAGAUUGUAGGCCAUAGAGCUGCUGCUGACUUGAACUAUCAACGCAAUGGUGGUGUAAAUUCGGGUGAUAAGAGGUCUAUGCGCCAAAGCACAGGGUCUGAUCACAGCAUUGACCACUCACCACUACACCCACGUUACCAGGCAAUGGUUGGAGGCAAAAGCAGUGGAGUAUCUUCUCCCUCAUGGCAAAAAAGGCUUUCUUCUGAAGUUAGCCACAGCCUAGGUCCCUCCACUCAAAGGUCCCAACUGAGACCAGCUACUCAAGGCAAUCGAAAGCCUGAUGACAGCACUGCUGUUCCGAAAUUUGGUGAUUGGGAUGAGAGAAACCCUUCAUCAGCUGAAGGGUAUACACACAUUUUCAACAAAGUUCAUGAGGAGAAGCAGAGGGUAGAAGGAACAGUACCAGCCAUGGUGACUGAGCCUUCUUAUCCCAGUGGUCCGGAGCAAUAUGGAAAAGACCAUGCCAAGAGAUGUUGCUGCUUCCCAUGGGGUCGAAAAUGAAGUUUUGUGUAUGGAUGACUAGAAAGCACAUGAUAGACGAAUAGAGAGCACACGAGGCAUGUAUACUUACAUACAACUGAUUGUCCUAUGUAUAGAGUAACAUUUUUGUUUAGUGCAUUUCACUAGAAGAAAAAUAAUGAGGUUUUGGGGCAAGACAUCUAUCUUUCAUUAUGGAAUUGAGUGUACCUAGUUCUUAAUUUCUGUUGACCCUUUUUUCUUUUUCUGCCUUUGGGGGGUAUCUGAUUCUUGGUUGUACUACAAUAUUUCCUUUCUGAUAGAAUAAAAUAUUGUUAUUUCCUACAAAAAAUAAAAACAAACUGCAUGAUUCAAAACUUUCUAGAAUUCUACUCCUUAUGUCAUGUUUGGUUCAAGGAAAGUACUAAGGGGAAAAAAUAUUAAGGGAAAAUGAUUUUCUCCUUGUUGGGCCUAUAGAGGUAGAGGAAUACAAAGAAUUUCUCAGUACCUAAAAUCUUCCUUUUUUGAAGAAAUCUAUAAAAGCUCCAAAGGUGGACAUACAGGUGAAUUAAAAGAUAUUCAACUAGUCAAAUAGCGAGCUUAGUUUGAUUUUACUAUGAAAAAUAUAUGAAAAAAAUCAGAUAUAAUUAAAAUUAAUUAGAAACUUAUGAUUUUUUAAUUUAAUUUUAAAUAAAAGAAUUAAAAAAAAAAAGAAAUGAAUUUAUUUUUAAAUUUAUUUUUUAUUUUCUUUUAUUCUUUUUCCCUUCUACUUUUCCUUCAAAAUUUCCAAAAUCAAACAUUGCAUCCUUAGGGUUGGCAACAAUCCCAGAAGAAACCAGAAACCAAUUAAAAUUUAUAUCCUGGAUAUAUGUGGAAAGAACUGGAUGCAUUCAUAGCAAAUUAGACUUUGGAAGUGUAGAGGAAAGAAUGAUCAUCUCCUGGAAUGUGAAAUCUGAAUGCAUCCAUGACAUCCAUCCCACUUGCUUCCCAUGCCUAGGAUCACAGAGCAUUCAUGUAAAUCCACAAAAACAAUAAUAACCACGUUUAGUGGGGUUUUUAAUGUUGCAGAAAAGAUGAAUAAACAUUUUGGGUAUUGAAUACAAAUGUGUGAGAAAUAUGUCCAUUCUUUUCCAAAGCAUUAUUAUUGAUGGAUCAAUUUGAUUUGGGUGAGUGUUUGAUAAUAUUCAAAGUGACAGAUUGCUGACCUUCUUGUUUUUUGUCUAAUUGUUGAAUGUUAUCUACAUUAUUACUAUUGGAGCCAAAAAAAUUACAUUAAUAUUGAUGGAACAAUUGAUCUUGAGGACUCCUCCUGACAUCAUUGGGGCACCCAUAUCUCUAAACGGAGCAUCUUCUUGGAAUGAUUCCUCACAAUUCAUGGGCAUUAGCAUAAGGGUUCAAGUGGUUCCAGGUUGAGCAUCUCCCCGGAACAAAGGUGAAUAAGUGCCUUAGAAGCGAGGGCAAGGGCAGGUGGCAGACGAAGCUCCACCUUUAGCUACUCCACAGGCACAUAUCCCUCUCUCGGGCGCUAGGCCAGCCACAACUGGUCUUUGUGGAAAAGGCCAACGAGCCCCGCGAUGGGGGCAUCUAAUAGUGGAAAUCCAAGGAAGGAAGAAAAUGGUUUGAGUGUGAGAAAGCAAGUAGGAAGAAACAAGAGAAAGCGGGGAAGAAAUACCUCAUAUAGGAGUUUGCGGGGGACCAUUGGGAAACUAAAAAACGCAUUCGCCAUGUCUCUUGAAAGAUGUGCCUAUAAUUUAAGUCUAAUUGGGAGCUUACCAUAAUUCAAUGCAUUCAGAGGGUACGUGCGAGCUUGGGUUGUUCGACAACCUGCAUGAUCAACCCACCAAUCGACCUAAUCCUAAACCACCUACAAAACCCAUCACAAUUGGACAACAAUGGUAAGUUUUUCUCGUGCUCUCUUUUCAUCCCAUUCUAUCUUCUUUAAAACCCUAUGACUAACUUGACUGUAGGAGAGGGAUAGGCCAACCUGGCCUCCCCACUCUAACCGGCCCCCAUCAGUGGAUGUCUGCAAGAAGGACGCCUACCACUUCUUGAGCCAGAAGAAGAGGGUGCAACAAGAAUGGGGGGAGCUCUUGAGGGCAUACCUUUCCAAGUAGAGACGGUUUGAUGUCUUGUAGUAAGUUUCACCAUGACUAUCCAUCUGCUAGUUUAUACAGGGAAAAUAUUCAUAGCGAAUGUAUGGGGUUCGUGUUCACUCGGUUUAGGUAUAUUUUUUAAUGCUGCAAGGUAAGAUGUGUGCUCAAUAAUGACCAUAUGGAGAUAAUUUCCUUAAACAAGAGAAGCAAGGCUUGAGCCAAAGCAAAAUGGAUAGCAGAAGUGAUGCCUUUACAGUUCCACCGGAGCCGAAAGAUCAUGGAUUUCAACAGACGAUCAAACUGCUGUUGCAGUUGUGAUGAAACUUGCAUGUAGAUUUGCCAUAACGAAGAUGAUUUUCAUGGUGUUUUAGACCCAAAACCCUCUCUAUGAAACUAUUGUAGACCAUCUAUGGUGUAUGACAAUCAGCUAGUUUUGCAUUUUCUUGCUUUUCUUUUGUGCAAAUGCUUCAUGAACAUUGCAAGGCCUAGUUUUACUAGCUACUAAAACAAUGGAAAAAAGGAAACGGAAAGAAAAGCUUCUGUGCCAACUAAGAGGGUGGGUCAUCCACAUGAAUCAUUAUUUCUUGACACUAAUGUGUAUAUAUUAGGUGUCUUUGGAUGGAUAAUAGAAACUGGAUUCCCCUCUGCUUUAACUA